GCUCGACGACCGGUCCCUCUCCUCUCCACGACCUGCGCCGUAGCGAAGACGACGACGAAAGCCACGUCCCACCAUCCUAGCACCUGUUCGCAUCGGCUGUGAGUGCAUCUUGGUCGCGUCAUCCCUGCGACUCCUUCCGACGCACGCGCAUCUACGCGCCGCCGCAAACGCCAUUUUCGAGCUCGACUGCCUAUCUAUUGACACCGUUAUUGCGCCUCCUCUUCUGUCCGCCCAUCCCUUGCUGCUCCUGGCCUACAAGCCGUGUGCGCGCCCCCCGUAGACAGGACAAAGUACGCCCAAGUCGCGUCUACCCCGCUGCAUUCCUCACCUUGUCGCCCACUGCCGAAGCAGCUGCGCCAAGAGCGAUAUGGCUUCCCAAGCAUCGUUGUUGCCCACCACCGAGGCUGCGCGGCCUGAAACACCCAAACUUCACUCUGCAUCGCUCUCCGAAUCAGCCGCGCCUGCCAACCUGUCACAAGCAUCGCCCGACCGUGUCAAGUUCACCUCUCCCGUACCUCGAGCAACUUCCUCAAUGACGCCCCCACCCUCAUCUCAGGUGACAAACACUCGCGCUUCAGUACGAACUCCGACCCCUCCGACUCCACAGCUCACCUCACCGCCUCCAUCCUCCAGGCUCCCGAAUCAGCCGUCGAUUCUGGCAGAAGCAGCAGCAGCUCUCUACCCGCAAGAGCAAGUGAACAAUGCGCCAGCAGAGGAGCUACGGUCUAUGGUGAACAACCUCUCCAGUGUAUUGCGAGAUGUACGACUUUCUGCUGCACACUACAAGCUGCAAUACAACAUGGCUGCUAUGGAAAGUGAGGAGUCGGCCAGUCGCAUGGCUGUCGAGCUUGCUAUGGCUCAGCGAGAGAUCGACGUUCUCCAACAAGCCGAGGAAAAGCGUAGAAAUGCCAUGAUCUUAUCUGAACAGCAGACGUAUCAGGAAACAGCAAAUGCAGCCAACGCUGUGAUCGUCUCCAACAUGAACCGCCAUAAUCAGCUAUUGCAGAACGAAAAUGAACAGCUUCGAGACUUGUUAGAGCAGCAAAAACGCCUCACUGAGCAUAGAGAAGGCGAGAUUGCCAGCCUUAUGGAUGAGAACGAUCGGUUGAAGACGCGCAUCCGGAAGAACAGAGACCACAUCGCACCAUUCCUCGAGCAAGUAAAUGAGCAUGCCUCACCACGGUCCGUUUUUGGUACUCCGCAUCAAGCAACCCCGAGAACCCGGGCUCAUCGAGCGCCUCCUCCGUUCUCAAAUGAGGACAGCAGAGGCCAACAUAACUUCGAAGCGCUUCUUCUAGCCGAUCAGAUGCUCAGUCAGGAGACAGCCACAGCUUCUCUGACACCUAGAAGAAUACAUGCACCGAGAACACGGUUCAGCCAUCAGCGAGGCGCACAGUCCUUGUCUUCGCUCCCUCCAACUCCAAACCGACGUGUGUACCCUGCGCCUCGCACACCUCCAACCUACAUGCCUGCCGCUAUCCCUCAAUCAGCACCACCAGCACACUACCAGCAGAAACCUGCGCGUGGUCGACGUCAAAGCAGCAACUCAACCAUUACAGCGUCUAGUGUAGACGAGGAAGAUGCUCCCACGGAUAGAGAAGAGAUUGAAGUCGCUGAGUCUCAAGCCAGUCAGAUGGCCACAGACCUACUGCGAAGAGCACCACCCACGAAGCAAAUGUCAGCGCCACCAUCACAAUUAACGAAUUUCGUGCAAAGCAAGAUUUUUGGCCAAGUCAAGAAAGGCCACAGCCUGACGCGGUCAGGCGAGCUCGAGAAGCGGAGGCUGCCAUCAGCCGUCGAAUACUACGAUAGUCCGGCGAAGAGGGGACGCGUUGAUCAAGGAGGCGCCUGAUAUGAAUCUCACGACAUUGAUACGACUUGUGGUUUAUGGAGUGUUGGAGUCUUAUGGAAUCCUGGUUUGAUAUCCCUUUGUUUACUUCCGCUAAGGUGUUGUUGUACUCUGUAGCGGCUAUUUGUCUGCUAUUUGUCUGCUAUGUUGCUACUCUUUGCUAUCAGAUGAGCUAGCUUCUUGAUAUCCAAUGAGAAUGAUGAUCAGGGGGUUCCGUCGGUUGUGAGGAUGGAUGCAUUAUGGAUUAUCAACGACUUCAUGGUAGAUAGUAAAUCAAUAUCAAUUUACAUGUAUGUGU